GUUUCGCAGCCUCAGCUUCAGACCCACCCUUCUAUUAUUGACAUCAGUACAACGGGAAAGCUCAGCUCACAUCAUGCCUAUUGCUAUCGAGCGAGAGAGGUCGGUCACUCCCAUUGAGGACGAGGCCAGCUGCGACGAACACAACGCAGAGUCAUUAGCACCAUGGGACCAGAAUAGAGUGGUCCAUAUGGUGCAAGUACCUCAUCUCGGCUCUAAGGCUCUGGCAUCGAAUGAACUGGAGACGUUUCUGAAGCCCGAUCUAGCAACGGGCCCAUACCGAUCCAAGAAAUCCACUCCUCAGACUGCUCCUGUGUUCGGCCAUCCCACCGCAGCCCUGCCAUAUGAGACACCACUCCACAUAUCCAACGGGCCAAAAACCGCCUCACAACCCCCAGCAUUCAUCAAAACACCAUCUCCACCUCCGGACACCUUAGCUCGGAUCUCCAAGCCACCAUCAAUAACCCAGACAUCUCAAGAGACCACUGGAAGGCCCACCGCACCGAAGAUCGGCCUUCAAGGGACCAUGGCUCACGGCGAAGAAACAUACAAGCGCCGCAAACACUCUGCCAAGCCAAGCCAUUCUAGCAGCGAGAAUUUUGAGACUAGAGGCUUUGGAAAGCGGUUUAAGUUCGCUAUGAAGGAUAUUUUUAAACGAGAGCCUGCCGAGCAUGCGGAAUUGGAAUGUAUUGGUGGUAAGCAUUGGACGGAAGAGUGAAUAAUGGGAUGAAGUUCUUAGAUAUAGUUGUUUGGAGAAUGAUGGGCUGGAUUGUUGUUGUUGUUGUUGG